GCCGGGUCCUGGCGUGUUCGCCCGGCUGGUAUGGCACGGCACCAUUUUGCGAUGGAGAGUGCCCUACAGGCAUGCGCCAGACGAGAAGCGACGAUUGCGGUGACGGGCAUUGCUGUGCAACUGGACACAAGGUUUACUGCGAAUGCAUCGACAACCCUGGCUGCGCAGCUUUCUGGAGUGGGACAGCGCCUUUCUGCGAUCCAGAAUCAUGUCCUUCUGGAUGGCACGAGGCAGGGAGAAGUGAUUGGGGAGACGGUGGCUAUUGUGUCUCUGGGAAGAAGAGACUCUUCUUUAGCAUAUAAUGCACUUAAAAAGCACAGCAACCCGAGACCUCCUAGUAAGCCGGAAAACACCCUCCCAAUUAACUAA